UCUGUGAAAUAUUUUGAAGAUAAAUUUACUGCAUAUGCUUCCUCGUUUCUAUGUAAUGCCCUUCAUAGAGUUCUUCACAAAUCUGUGAUACCGAUUACGGAACUAAGAUCCAUCAUUCUCACUCACCCUUGAACCUUAAAUUUCUAUACCAGAUCUCAUUUUCUAAAGAGACCCAGUUCAAGUUUUACUGCAGAUUCAAUGGCUUAUGCCAUGAAAGCAAUGAAUGGUCCAGAUUGAUCAAAGGCUGGACUCUGAGAAGAGAGAGAGAGAGAGAGAGAGAGAGGGUUGUAUGUAUCAUGAUAAUAAUCAAUAUAAAACAAAAGUCUAUGAUCAUAGACAAAUAAAAAAAGGAAAAGGUUAGUGUGGUCUGUGAGGAGAAAAAGCUGAAGACAGUUGCAGUUGCAGACAAGGAAGGGGAGAGUUGGAGUGCUAGAACACAAUUGGGCUUCUGUUCUGUUGGGUUGAGAAGGAUCGAUCGGCCAAUCUUUCUCCGUCACUGUAGGAGUGAACUGCUUUGCUUGCUGCCAGUCUCUGUCUGUCUCACUACCCACUUUUUUCUGCUCUUGAUAUCUCCCAAAUUUCGUGUUUUUGCUUUCUGGGAUCGGCGAGAAACGAGAGUUUCCGGACCUGAGACUAUAGCAUUUGUGAUUUUGUUUUUGCGGUUCUUGUUCGUUUGUGGUGUUUCUUAUCUGGGUCUUCGAGAUUGUUGCUCAAGAAUGACCGUGGAGGAGGGUAGGGGUUGUCUGGCGGGCGAAGAUGGAGCGAAGGACAGGUUUCCUGUGGGCAUGCGUGUUCUUGCGGUGGACGACGACCUAGGUUGUUUGAAGGUGUUGGAGGCUCUGCUUCGCAAAUGCCAGUACCAUGUUACAACAACCAAUCAAGCGGUCAAGGCACUGAACAUGUUAAGGGAGAACAUGAACAAGUUUGACCUUGUUAUCAGUGAUGUUCAAAUGCCGGACAUGGAUGGGUUUAAGCUCCUUGAACUUGUGGGGCUCGAAAUGGACCUACCUGUCAUCAUGUUGUCUGCAUACGGUGAUACCAAAUUUGUGAUGAAAGGGAUUGCUCAUGGUGCUUGUGACUAUUUGCUAAAACCUGUUCGUAUUGAAGAGCUGCAGAACAUAUGGCAACAUGUAAUCCGGAGAAAGAAUCAGAACAAAUGUUUGAAUCAAGAAAAGGGUCACCAUAGUGCUGGAGAAGGUGGACAAGGACCUGCAUCCGCAGGUAAUGCUGAUCAGAAUGGGAAACACAAUAGAAAACGGAAGGACCAAGAUGAGGAUGAGGAAGAAGAGGGGAAAGAGAAUGCACAAGAGAAUGAUGAUCCAUCAUCCCAGAAGAAGCCUCGCGUUGUUUGGUCAGUGGACUUGCACAAGAAGUUUGUUGCUGCAGUUAAUCAGUUGGGCGUUGAUAAGGCUUUUCCUAAGAGGAUUCUUGACCUCAUGAAUGUGGAGGGGCUCACUAGGGAAAAUGUAGCAAGUCAUCUGCAGAAAUAUAGGCUUUACCUGAAAAGGAUCAGUUCUGCAGCUUCCCAGCAAGCUAACUUAGUUGCUGCACUUGGGGGCAAAGAUACAUCAUAUCUGCGUGUGACUUCACUAAAUGGAUUUGGUGAUUUUCGUGCCUUGGCUGGACCAGGAAGGCUUUCUAAUACUGCUUUGCCAUCAUAUCCACAUGGCGGUAUGCUUGGUAGAUUAAAUACCGCCUCUGGUAUGAACCUGCAUGGGCUUACUUCUCCCGGAAUGAUACAAUCAAGUCACACUCAAAAUUCAAGCAACUCAAUGAAUACAUUGGCUAAGCUUCAGCCAGUGACUUUGUCUGCCGACCAAAAUGGAAGUAUAUUUCCAGGGGUUUCAGCAACAUUGGAGAUUGACCAGUUGCAACAGAGCAAGUGCAUUCCCCAUAUCAGAGAUUUCAAUCCCAUUGAUGAUCCAGCAGUUUUUACUGUUGCCAAUGGCAUCUCAGGCACCAGAAUGACUGUUAGUAGCUCAAGCAAUUCUCUACCAAGUGUCCCCAACAACCCUUUGUUGUUACAUGGAAAUCCGCAACAAACAUUAAGUAGGGUAGAAUUUGUAAAUCAAGCAUCUCCAAAAGGCGCUUCUCUGAAACAGGAACCUCACGAGAUUGGCACCUAUGGUUCUAAUUUUCUGGAUCAUGGUAGUAUUAAUGAAAACUGGCAGAGUGCAGUUCAGUUACCUAAAUUUCAAUCAAAUCCUCUUCCACUGAGUGAACAAUUCAAUAACAGUCAGUUAUCUCCUAAUAAUUUGAUGGACAAUAUUUCUUCAAUAGGACCACAUAUUGUGAACAGCUCAACUGAUUUUACCUCUACCAGUGCAGUUUCAACACCAUUUGGGAACUCAAGAGGAGACAUGCAAUGCCAAGCAGGUUUGCUUGAUAAUGUUGUUCAGAAUGUUAACCUUGCACCAGCACAAAGAUGGGAAGAAUGCAGGAAAGAUUAUACCUUUCACUCAGAUCAUACUUUCAGCACUUUGAACUCUCUUGUUCCUGCCAGUGGUGUUGUGGGUUCCUUGAGCCAGAGCUUGGACCAAAAAGAUGCUGCCAGCAAUAGAAAGAUGGAUAUGUCUUUGAGUGGCCAAUUGAAUAGUGGUGCUCUACCUCCCAUGCAGCAAAGUGAGAUAGAUAAAUUAGCUAUGGACCCAAAAAUCAGGUCAAACGAAGACUACCUCUUGGAACAAAGAAAGUCACAAGACGAUUUUCUUCGGAACAGAUGUGAAUCACUGGAAGAUCUAAUGGCUGCUAUGAUCAAAAGGGAACAAGGUGAAACAAUAUUAAUGGAUGGAGAAUUUGGUAUUGAUGCCUACUCCCUGGGGUCAUGUAUAUGAAACUUUUUUUUAAUCACUAAUCUUUAGUGAUAGGCUGCAACAGUAUAUGUGUACUUCCCAAGGUGUUCUGUAACUUCUACUUUUAUUUAUGUAGUUUCUUCUAUUGGCUCUACUCCAAGCCAAUUUCAUUUC